UACGACGCGGCACCACGCAAAAUCCCGAUUAGGGUCUUUGAAUUUCUGCAAAUUUUGUUUCAAAAUGCAAUUGACUCUUGAAUUCGGUGGAGGUUUAGAACUUUUAUGUGAGUCUGUUAAAGUUCAUAAUGUGAAUGUUGAUCUGCCAAAAGGAGUAGAUAAGUUAACCAUGAGAAAUUUACUGUCUUGGGUUCGUACCAAUUUGAUAAAGGAGAGACCCGAAAUGUUCAUGAAAGGGGAGUCUGUGAGACCGGGUGUUCUUGUCCUAGUAAAUGAUUGUGAUUGGGAGUUGUGCGGCCAGCUUGAAACAACUUUGGAAGAGAAGGUUGUGGUCGUUUUUAUUUCAACUUUGCAUGGUGGAUAGUACUAGUAUCUAGGUGUCUUAUAGACGAUCAUGAUGAAGAGCAUAUCAGAGUUUGACAGAGUGAUUCUGCCUUUGAACUUGAUUAUUGAAGACGUUACAUGGAAUUGCAAUGAAAUUCUUAGUGCUUAA